CGGUUGGGCGAUGGGAAUGCCACUCCCUGGAGAUGAAGACGAUAAGUACUAUCCCCGUGGCUUUAAUAUUGAAGACCUAGGUCCAAAGUACUCUGCAGGCAAGGAGCCACAACCCGAAAUCCGGGCGGCGGGGACAGUGCAUUCAGUCCAGCCCUUGGGCUAUUACAGUCCAAUUUGUUCUUUCUCUGAUUUACCAAAUCAACUAUAUGAAGCAUUUUAAAUAAUCAGGUUAUAUGUCAU